AUGUCUGUACCAAGAUUCCAAAAACUAAACUAUGGGUCAUAUGAUAAUUACAUCCCAGUCAGUGAAUUAAGCAAAAAAUCAUGGAAUCAGCAACACUUUUCCCUGGCAUUUCCCAAACCACAGCGGCCAGGAAAAAAAGUAAGAUCAAGACCUUCCCAACUACAAGACAAGGCAGCUUUAAAACCUGAUGAAGACAAAUUAAAGGGAGGUUCUCAACGACCAUUAUGGAUGCACCGUUCUUUAAUGCUAAUUUCGGAAAGACCAUCUGUCUAUUUAGCUGCCAGGCGACGGCCUCCAACUCGUGGCCCAGAGGUAGCGGCAGCUAAAGACAAGAAGGAUGCAUCAGCGUCAGAAACUGAAUCCGCAGUUUCACAUGAGCCCAAAAUAACUAGGAAAGAUUCAAAAAAAGACAAGCCUUUCGAAACAAAAACACCAGGUAUCAAAAAAGAGAGAAGGUCAAUAAAGAUCAAGAAGUCAACUACAGAAUCAGAAGCUGAAAAGGGAGACACAAAGAAAGAUUCAAAAAAAGAUAAGAAAGGCUCAAAGAAGGGCAGGGGGUCAGAUGCAGAGUCAGAAGAGGAAAAAGGAGAAGUGAAGAAAGGUUCAAAACAAGAAAAGAAAGAUUCAAAGAAGGACAAGGGGUCAGAUGCAGAGUCAGAAGAGGUAAAAGGAGAACUGAAGAAAGGUUUAAAAAAAGGGAAAGGUGCAAGGAAGGGCAAGGUGUCAGAUGCAGAAUCAGAAGAGGAAAAGGGAGAAGUGAAGAAAGGUUCAAAAAAAGAAAAGAAAGGUUCAAAGAAGGACAAGGGGUCAGAUGCAGAGUCAGAAGAGGUAAAAGGAGAACUGAAGAAAGGUUUAAAAAAAGGGAAAGGUGCAAAGAAGGGCAAGGUGUCAGAUGCAGAAUCAGAAGAGGAAAAAGGAGAAAUGAAGAAAGGUUCAAAAAAAGAAAAGAAAGGUACACGGAAAGACAAGGAGUUAGUAGUUGAAGAAUCAGGAGAGGAAAAAGAAUUGCUGAAGAGAGGUUCCAAAAAAGAUAGGGGUUCAAAGAAGCACAAGGAGCCAACUGAAGAAACUGGAGAUGAAACAGCAGAUGCAAAGAGAUCCAAUGACAAAGAGGAUGAAUCAAAAGACAAAAAAGGCGGCAAGAAAGAAGGCAAGAAAGAAGGCAAGAAAGAUAAAGAGAAAGAAAGCAAGAAAGAAGGCAAGAAAGAAAGAAAGAAAGAAGGCAAAGAAGGCGAGAAAGACGCCAAGGGAGAGACUGAGACAGAAUCUGCUGAUGCAAAAAAGGAGGGAAAGAAGGGCAAGUAG